AUGGAAGACAUGAAAAAGGACCAAGAAAGCACACAGGAUGUGAAGCCUAAUAAUAACAAUAUUGUUCCACAUGAUUCACUCAACGUACAACCAAAUAUUGCGUCAGAGACUCCUGUACAGGACUCGGGUUCUGUUUCUAAUUCAAGCAACAACAACCGGAAAGUUUCGCGUGAGGAUAUCGAACUUGUUCAGAAUUUAAUCGAACGGUGUCUGCAAUUGUAUAUGAAUCGAGAUGAGGUGGUAAAGACUCUACUUAAUCGCGCGAGGAUUGAUCCUGCAUUCACUACAUUGGUGUGGCAGAAGUUAGAAGAAGAAAAUGCAGAGUUUUUCCGGGCCUAUUACAUAAGGCUUAAAUUGAACAAACAAAUUAUCUUAUUCAAUCACUUGCUCGACCAUCAGUAUCGUGUGAUGAAGUAUCCAAUGCCCGUUAAUAAUAAUAACUUACCUAUUGGAUACCCGGUGGCUCAGCAGCCCCAAAUUCCAAUGCCAACUCAUAUUAAUGCCAUGGCUUACUCUCACAUUGUCGAUGGCUUUCCUGCUCCAAGCAAUUUUCUUCCUUCGCAAAUGGAUUCGGGCAAUGGCAUAGCAAUUGAAACCAGCACUGCUGCUGAUGUGUCGCCUGUUAUGCCUCCAAACGGAACAAUUUCGGAUAUGCCUGUGAGCCCCUCAUCAGUGGCUUCAAGUGGCCACCUUCCUUUCAUUGCACCAGAAAUUUCGGGCAUUGGAGUCGAAAAUUCGGCACUCGACACGACUUUUACGUCUGAUGUGGCAAGUUCUGUGGGCCUACAGCUUACGACAGAUAAUGGGACAGGGAAUAUUCCAAGAGAUUCACUGAGGUCGUUUGAUGAUAUCCCGUGGAAUUUUGUUCCGUUGAAUUUUUGCCUCUCGGAUCUAACAGCCGAUUUAUCGUACUUGGGAGAUUUAGGAGCUCUUGGAAACUACCCCGGUUCUCCAUUUUUGCCUUCUGACUCGGAUAUUUUACUCGAUUCUCCAGAGCAGGAGGAUAUAGUGGAGGAAUUCUUCAUCGACUCCGAUUCUGUUCCCGAGCAAUGCCCACCUUUGGAUGAAGAAAAAUCUUCGCCUUAG